AUUUAACUUAACCUUAUAUAUAUAUUUUAUAGAAUAUGUCUGACCCUAUUGCUCCUCAUUCUGCUCCUAUUGCUGCCUACAUGAGUGUACAUCAAGCUACCAAUUUGGCUUAUGUUAGAUAUUUUGGUAAAAUUGAUAAUGCUACUUCUGCUACUUUUCAAAGUCUUGAUUCUCAAGGUUUCCAUGUAUCAUAUACUUUACCCGAUAACUCUUCCAGUCAAGUAUAUAUCAAAUUCAAAACUCCUCUGACUAAGCGAGAAGAUAUCCGACCAGUUUUAGAAGAUAUGGCAAAAGAAGCCGAAACUGCUUUAGGUUUACCUAGUUCAUUAGUUGGUCCUCCUCCAGUUGCUGCUAUUGCCAAAGCUUUAUAUGCUCAAACUACUGAUAUUUAUACUCCUCCUACUCCAUCUGUUCCUUUGGAUGCUUUUUAUCCUGUAUCUGUAUCUGAAGCUUUAAGAUUUGGUGUUUUCCUUGGUUUCUUUGCUCUCUUUGGUUAUGCCUCUGAUACUCAACUACCUCGUUUAUUACAACCCAUCCGUCAAUCUAUUAUCUCUCCUAUCAUCUCUAAAAAGAUAUUCAAGGCAGUAGUCUAUAUCCAUCUUGCUGAAGCAUCUCUGGCUUUCUUUAUGUGUCUUCGUCGUGGAUGGUAUGGUCCUUCUAAUAUCCUCAAAUGGACUGCAAGUACUUUUUUCUUUGGUUUCAACUCUAUGCGUUUACUUCGAAAACAUGCAAAAGACGUUCAAGGUAUUUAGAUUUAUAAUUUAUAUUAUUGUAUUGUCCUUUCUUUUUUUUAAAAAAAAAAUAAAGAAAAGUUGUAUGAAAUACAAUGAUGUCUUUUAUCUAGAUGAAUUGUAUCGUAAUUUGUUCCAUGUUGAGAAAUUGGAUGAAACUGGAUGAUUGUUUAAAAGUUAUGGUGAUUCUGUACAAUGAUAUUGCCCAUAAAUGGAAGUGUGCCUGUUGAGUGGGAACCGACAAGCGGGUUGUCAAAAUGCCAGAAAAAAAAAGAACCCUUACUGAAAAAUAAAUAUCUUUUUCCUGUUCUUUUUUUUUUUUCCUUUUCUUUUUUUUUUUUUUUUUUUUUUU